AUGGGAUACGCCAACUUCCUCCCCCUGAUCAGCCCGCGGAAAGAAUCGAAAGACGCGAAGGCAUCGAGCGGCCAGAUCGGUUACCGGCGGCCCAAGUCCCUAAGGUUUAUGAACGCGGCCUGUAUGUAUAGCGCCAACCUGGACGUACUGCGCGCCAUGAAGCCCACCGGCUUAGAGCAGGAUGACCUGUGGAACUGGACCUUGGCAGUCGCCUCCCGCCAGUAUGGAAAGCCGUCAAAGAGGACAAAGGCCGAGAGGCUCUUCGCCGAGCUGCCGCAGAGCCCGGUGCGCAAGCCACCUGUCGCAGUCGCAGUCGACCCCGUGAAGUGCAUCGCAGAGCAGCUAUCCGCCAUCCACCUGGAAAACGAGCCAACACCAAGAAAUUCACCGCGGAAGAGCGUCAAGCAGCAACCCUUGACGCCUCCACCGCGUUGUUUGAGCACCCACGAUGUGACGGCGGGAUGGACCGAGAGGCAGGCCGACGACCCGGAGACUCGCCCACCGGCCCCAAGCCAAACCGUCGCCGCGACCGGAAACGCCUCCAGGGAUAGAGUGAAAGCCGCGAAAAAGCAGACGCCGGCAGAACCCCAGGGCGAUGCAUCCUUGCGGGUCCUGACGUGGGACGACGUGUGCCCCCCCGGUGACUGCAUCGUCAAGAUUGCCGAGGCGUCCUACGCAGAAGUCUACCGCGUGUCCAAUGAGCGAGGUACCAGUAUCAUCAAAGUCAUCCGCCUCGAGUCGCCCAUCAAGCCCCAGACAAAAACCCAGGUCAAGUCGGGCCUCGUCGACGAGGAGCCGCACAGCCAAGACGACGUCAACGGCGAACUGCAAAUCUCGGAGUGGCUGGCUGAUAUUCCCGGCUUCGUUGUUUACAAGGAGAGAUAUCUUGUCCAGGGCAAGGCGACCAAGCAGCUGCUGGAGACACACCAGGCCUUUCAGAGACGCAUGAAGAGACAGGACCCCGGUCGGGCGCAGUUCUACCCGUCGCCGAGCCGCUACGUCGCCGAGACCAAGUUCCUGGCGGUGGAACUGGGGGACGCGGGAACUGCGCUCGAGGACUGGGAGCUGGCCGAUGAGAGCCAGCUGUGGGAUAUUUUCUUGCUCGAAGCAGUCGCGCUGGCGAGGGCCGAGGAUAUCGCCAUGUUUGAGCAUCGAGACUUGCACGAGGGCAAUCUCUGUGUCAAGCGCGUGAGCCCACCGCGGCAGAAAGACGCCAAGCGUGGUGGCUUUUUUGGCUACUCGGGCCUCGACAUCACCAUCCUAGAUUAUGGGCUGUCAAGGGCACAAGACGUGUCGGCGGCAGACGCGAAGCCGGUGGCGUUUGACCUGGAGAGGGACCUCAGUCUCUUCACGAGCACCCACGCAUCCCAGUGCACGGUAUACCGGCAGAUGCGGUCAUUCCUGCUCCGCGCUGACCGCAAGUGCAUCCCCCCGGAGGGCCACCGGACGCCGCACGCAAAGGGCGUCGACGGGCCGCUUUCAUGGGACGCACACGCGCCCUAUACCAACGUGCUGUGGCUGGCAUACCUGUACCGCUACCUCGGAGACAGCUUCAAGGGGGCCAAGCGGGACCUGACUCGGUUCCGGAAGGAGACCAAGGAGAUGUGGAAGCAUCUGGACCCGGAGGCCGAGGACGGCGUGGUCUGCUUCGGGUCUGCGGCCGACGUGGUCUGCUUCGCGGUGGAGGCUGGCUGGAUCCAAGAAGAGCAGCUGCGCGGGGCGGAGGCUUCGAUACUCGACAAGGAGGAUAGCAUCAUUGUCCCGCAGGCCGGGGGGGACUCGCCGUUGAGGCGACGAUCUCCGAGGAGGACAAGGCAGCAGGCGUAG